AUGCUCACCACUAUGGGCCUCUUAUCCCAGUCGCUCACAGGGUUCCUGCCAGCAUCCGUGGGAGAUGCCACACGACUCUCCAAGCUCGGCUUCUACAACAACAUUCUGAGUGGUUCCAUUCCAGACACUAUCGGCAACCUUCUCUCACUCCAAUACCUUGAUAUCUCCGCCAACAACUUCUCAGGAGGUUUGCCUGCCGCUAUUGGGAAGCUCUCGCUGCUCACUUACCUGUCGGUGUCUCAGAACCGACUGGGUGGCGUUAUUCCCAGCACCAUCUCCGCGCUCUCCAACCUCGAACAGCUGAGCCUGUACAACAACUCGUUCUCGGGUUCCAUUCCCCCUUCCAUCUAUGGGCUCAAGGCCCUCACCGUGCUGGAGGUAGGGCGCAACUACUUCACGGGGUCGUUCCCCUCACAGUUCGGUACCCUGUCCAACCUGGAGUACCUGGAGGCAGGCAACAUGGGUCUUACAGGCGAGCUGCACUCGAGUCUGGGCAACUUGAAGUAUCUGCAGGCGCUCUAUGCGCGGGAGAACGCCCUCCAAGGCAGCAUCCCUGCCACUCUGGGUAGCCUCAGCCACCUCACCAUCAUUCAGCUGGGCGGCAACAAGCUCACCGGCUCCAUACCUGCUUCCUUCUCCAACCUCCUCAAUCUGCAAGGCCUCUACCUGUGGCAGAAUCAGUUGAAUGGGACUAUGGAUGUUCUCACUAGCCUUACAGCCUUGCAGCAGCUAGCCAUUCAGUACAACCAGUUCACGGGAUCCAUUCCACGGGCCAUUUGGCAGCUCCAGUCUCUCAACCACUUUGGUGUAGCGAGCAACAAGUUGACGGGAGCCAUUCCAACGACCAUAGGCAGCCUCGUCAACCUCACCACCUU